GUAGCGGGUUUCCUCUCUAAGACUAUAUGUUAAACAUUAUUAAAUGGCUGACAUUCAAUAGCCGAUGAUUAAUAAAUCAAUGUACUCUAAUGUUUUCGUUAAACAAAACAAACAAACCGUGUCAAGUUAUUGGGCCCUUGGAAAAGUGAACUAGACUAAUACGAUGCUACGUUACCUCCCUUGUUAACAAUUAAAACAGUAUCAUACUCUGGAUACAGGACGUUCGCAGUCAUUCUCUAGACUGUUGUUUGUGUCUAAUGUUUACAUGAAUGUCGUAGAACAGUCUGGGGUGAAAACCAGUCAAACUGUUCGCGAGCGCUCGAUUCCCCCCAGAACGCGCCAAUAUGUGAUCGGUUUGGGUGAUUUAUUUAUUAAACAGCUUGUUUGAUUGGUUCAAUAACUGAAGGAUACGGAUUACGUCACGAUUUUUGUGUUUGACAGCAACUGUAUUCAGAACCGGUAGACUGUUUUAGUAGUAGUAAUCGUGUGUCACUGCUAUGUCUAGGAACAAUACUCAACAGGAUAAACCAGAUGGAGGGAGCGAGAAGCCGGUGGAAACUGUGCCCAAAGACCUUGGGGUUGAUGCCCUUCUUGACCCACCCUCGGACACAAACAACAAAGCCGAUGACAACCUCUGCAGUGAGGGUUUGUUUUUGGAAGAUGUGUACUAUGCCCCGAACACAGAUACGUCACAGACGCUUAGUCCUGUCGAAAGCUGGUCCCAGACACCUGAUUCAGAGUUGAUAUCUCUGGUGGUUGGCGAUGGAACGGAAGCUGAUUGUCUUCGCGACAUCAUCACCGACGUUGUCUUCAACCACAACGUCCAGGUUUGCUGUCACAGUGAGACGUACGACAUCUGCAACUCCAAGGUCUUCCAGAUCAUCUGGCUCAAGAUGAAAGUCCCUACCAGCCAGGAAGUCCUCAGUCUCACAACGUCCAUCAGAUAUGCUAGCAAGCUGAAUCGUGGGACUGUCAUCAUUGGAAUCUCUGAGAGUCCAUCGGAUGUUGAGUUGAGACUACAUGGAAUAGACCAAGUGUUGGUGGAACCCGUAACAAAAGCAGUGGUUCGUCAGAAGUACAUGGAGCAAACAUGUGUUCAACUCAGACCAAAUAUAUCAAUCACCGAUGAUUCCGAGUUGCUAGAAAACCCAUCAACCCCAGCCACUCCAUGUACGCCAGCUUCCAUCUGCAGCGACUCCAUCAACACCAGUCUCAGUAGUCGAUGUUCCACACCAUCUGAUUGUAAAGGCUCCUCCACCAUCCAGCCACCAGUCUCGGACACGGGGGUGCUCACCGUGCCAUCUCUGAGGUCCUUCGACUUCCAGUCCAUAAACUACCAGCCAAGACCACCGCCACAGUCCAUAGCAGCUGACCACACCACCAAGGAAAAAGUCAGACGAGAACGCAUCAAAGAUAGCUGUGAUCAGUUAAGAGUGUUACUACCAUACAUUCGGGGUCGCAAAACUGACAUGGCAUCCAUUUUGGAGAUGACUGUUGACUAUUUGAAAAUAGUAAACACAGCUUUGCCCCAAGACUUCCAAAAUCAGGUCAUUAAUAUCCUCAGUAAUGGAACCCGAGACGUCGCCAGUCCAACCCGAGGUAAAGGUGAUGGAAACCGACCAGCACCACGACGCAGUAGCCGUCGUACCACCCAGCCUCCAGAAUCUCCAUCGGUGACCAGGGUCACGUCCACUGUGGAAGCUGGAAGCGAUCCGUGCCAUGUGUCCUCUGGGUACGAGGUGUUUGAUCCUGGCCGAGCCACCUGUACAUCCACACCCGGUCCCGCUUCCACCACCACACCCGUCCCUGGGGCCAAGAGAGAUCUCACAGACUCCUACGAUGUGAAGCCAGUGAAGCGAAUGCACCUGUCAAAUGAACUUGCUACUCCCAAAGGUUGCCAAGGACCCAUGAUAUAUAUAUCUGGUGAAAUUGAAAGAACAGAACCCACAGUGGAAGUCUCGAAGGAAGACAACCCAUCUCCUCUUCACCUGCAGCCUCUUCACUUGGCCCAGUCACACCUGUAUGCUGACGACAACAACCGGCUGUACUCAGGUAGUUUCCUCCCAGCCGACGCCUAUCAAGUGAAUCCACACUCCCAGCUCCCGCCCACCACCACGUCGAGAGUCUCGGGGCUGGACCGAGACAGCUACGGACUUUACUUAGACACAGGCUUCUACCACUACUACACAGGCCAGACCGGCGCCAACACCAGCUACGCCACAAACGGUCUUUCGGACUAUGUUAAUCCCAACGCUGUACUACCGAUGGCCUACUCGGCCAGGCUUGGUACGGGUCACAAGUAUGAUGACCACGACAGGUAUGCAGGGUUAGGUGCCACUGAUGAUCUCUACUCAUUCUCCUCAAAGAGAGGAACCACAUGACACGAUUAAGCUAGACCCAGGUAGAUGAGGUGAAAAUUCUUCUCUUGCAGGAAUUAAUUUUCUCUCCAGAAUUCAGGAUUUUAAGGCGAUCUGAAAAAGUGUUGCUACCCUGGUUGUCUGAUGAACAGCUCACAGUAAUGCCCGAUUGUUCAAGACCAUGCAUAGUGUUCCAAGUUUUGUUUUUGUCCAACAUCUGUUCAUGCCUGGGAUGGUAUGACUGAAGAAUGGUUUGGGCUUGAUCAGUUGAUGACUAUUUUUGUCUUUCAUUUCUGACAGUUCAGGUUUGUUCAUCUUGAAUAUGUGUCUUUACACCAACACAGCAGAGGAAAUAAUUGUGCCAAUUGCCAAGGUUUAAACCUUUGUCUUUGGUUAUGGUUGAUAUAUAAAUGCAAAUAGCAUUGAACAUGAGCAAUAUUACUGGUACUUUAAAAAAAAGUGUUUCUUGUUGAAUAGUGGAUAAUUGCAAAUAACAAUUAAUGAUAAGCAUGCAACAUCAUUUAAGCCUUUAUUGCUUAAUGGUGGCCAAGUUGUUCGAUUGCCUAUUGCAGAACUCUCAAUGGUGGUACAGACCAGUGUGAAAACUAUGCAAUAAAAUACUGUGAUAUGUUUGAAAAUAUGGCUGGACCGUUCUGUUUUGGAAUACUUUACAGUUUUUGUAGUUUCAAUUUUUUUUAAUACGAUUUUCUUUUUUUAACGUAACUGUGUGUAUUUUGUGAACAUGUACUGUAGUUGAUUCUAUUUUCUUUUAGUAGACACUAUCUUGUGCAUUGAGUUUGUUUGGUUGAUGUUUGUACUUGAAGCUGAGUCAUGUGCAAGAAAUGCAUUAACCAUUGGGUUGCCGAUUUGAAAACAAGUGAUAUAAAAGUAACCAUUUUGCCUAUAUGAAGAGUUUUUCAAAUGAAGACUGGAGUCCUGUCAAAGCACAUAUGAUCUUCACUUUUUUUUUUAGUUCAGUGAGUCAAAUUUUCUAUAAAGUUAAAGGCAUACUGUCACAGAUUUAAGGACCUUAUUUCUCUAAAAAUGAAUAAUAAAUCAAAAUUACAUUAAUUUUUACAGACCAAAUCUAGCUAUUGCAUCACUUUAACCACACCAUGAUGAAGUGAAAUCUAUAUCAACCCUCUCAGCUAUGUUAGUUUUUUAAUUAUAGACCAUUGCCAUAAUUCAAUAAUUUUUUACAAAAUAUCAUUAAUAAGUGGAGUAUGGUUACAUAGAUGGUUGAAUAAAGUACAUUUAGCGACAAAUCAAAUAUAUAUAUUUUUAAGUAAUACUUUGUUAGGCCAUGUAAAUAGGUCAGUGGUCUGUGACAAUAUGCCUUUAAGAUCUUAAACUCCAAAGAUUUUUAUUUGUUUGUGUGUUCUUUUCUCCACAGAGUUGUGGGUUGAUCACUUGAAGCAGUUUGUUUAUAUGUACCUUUACUAUAUCUUAUCGAAUCAACCUAUCACAACUGGAAUUGCCUCAAAUUGAGGUCAAAAUGCUUUAUGAAUGGAGAUGGUGUACAAAUAGAUGGACUAAAUGGUAGCCCCUAGAAUAAAUAUUAGAGGAAAUUAUUUUAUGAUUUUCUGUUUUCCACUUUUUGCUCAAGGUAAUGUCAUUGAAAUAGGUUUUAUUAAUGUGAGAAUAUAUAUAUAUAUAUUAGAUUUUAAAAAGCAAAGAAAAUCAAAUUAUGUAUAAUGGAUAUGUAGUUAAGUAUUUAGUGAUUGGAAACUUGUGAAAACGAUGUUGAAGGAUACUUUCCAUACGUCCAUCUUGAGACAUGUUGAGGGGACAUUACAUAAUAACUGCCAAUAUAUGAUGUAUUAAUUAAUAAUGCAUAUUAAUGAUUUGGUGAUGAAUAUACAAGUUUUGGUUGAGUAUUUAUUUGUUGUAUGGAUCUCGUUAUAUUUUGUGGAAGCUAUUAUGUUAAAUGCAUACUUCCUCGAGAUACAGGUAUGUUUUGAACUGAUUUCAGCAUACGGAUUAUGUUUAUUAUUUUAACUUUUGAGUGGAUUACAACACGCAUUUAUUUGGCAUUACAACAUCAGAAACGAACAUGAUGCUACAAAUUUCAUGCCACUGUUUGAAGAUGACAAAAGUAGAUUUGUUCAUAUUUUGUUGAUUUGUUGGAUUUUUGUUAGAUCGGUUUUAUUUCCUUAAGAUUUAUGAAAUUUGGGGGGGGGGAAACAUGACCGAAAAAGCCCAAGAUAUUUGUUUCAAAUUGUUUAAUGGUUAAUACAGCUCAAAUAACAUAUGAUCUGUGGUUCUUUUGUUUUUGUUUUUUAAAUCAUACCUGUGUAUUUCCACUUUGUGAAAAGUAGUACUAUGUAAAACUAUUCAUGUACAACCUCUGGAUGAUUUUGCCAUUACUGCAUUAUCAUCUAACCUGUCCUAAAGCUGGUUACCUCUGCUGUGGUAAUAUUGUUUUUGCAGUUCUUAACUAUUUUAUCUUCUGUUAAUGAAUAUUUGUGCCAAUGCUAAAUACAGCGGUGACUUGAAAAUGUUAAAAUACUAAAUCUUUAAUGUCUAUUUUACAAAAUAAUGCAAUCAGAUAUUCUAGUAAUUUUGAUUGUAUUUGCUUAUUUAUAGGCAAGCUUCCAAGUUAUAUUUAUUUUAAACCUUUUUGUUAAAACAGGUGUAAUUUUUCGGUUGCCUGGUGUGUGUUUUUUAACAAAUGCCACAAAUAUCUAAAGAUUAGAAUAAAUAAAUAUAUUUCCCAAAAGUUAUCAGAAUGUAAUUAAUCAUGCACACAUAUUUAAUGGUUUGAAACUUACCUCUGGACUCUUGGAGCUAUAUUUUUGAAGCUAUCGAUAACGUAAACAGGUGUAGGCUGAGGCAUGUUUCGUGUGUCAUAGUGACAUUGUAGCCCGUAACGGAUAAAGCACUAAGAUGGCUUUGAAAAACUGUAGCCAGUUUUAUUUAACCACACACAACUGUUCUGAUUUUGGUUGGAUUAUCAAGUCACUCUUGUAUUUGUCUUCUUGUUUUAUUGGGACUUGAAGGAGCAGUGCAUGCCAGAGUUGCACACGCAAGGCAACCAUUGCUCGUGUCUGGUCUCAUGAACAAACCUACCCACCCCUUGCAUAUGCUACUAGUCUUUCAGAAACGCCGUGGCGUCAUUAUUUAUUCUUAAAUUGGUUUUUAAUUUUUGUUAAUUUUUUGUUUUGCAUGAAACUUAUAGAACAGAACUAUGAUUAUUAUUAUUUAUUAUUUAUUUGCUAUGUAAAAAAAAAGGGGAACAUUUAGUAAGAUUAAUUUGAUAAUAAAAGAGUAAGCAAGUAGUUUCAUCUUGAUUUGUUGUAUGUCAUCAUUAAGUUUACCUGUUUUCAUAGACGUGCAGGCCCCUAGGAACGAUAUCUGGAGCAGGGGGACAGCCUCC